CCUAACUUGCUACAAGUCGCAACUCGCCAAGGUAACUUCCACUCCCACUCCGAUACUGUGUCCGGCAAAGCAGUGCCCAGCAGCUUACCUGCCUGUUCGACGGUGAUCAAGCUCGCCGUGAAACGCUCCCUUUCGGUGUACACUCCGCCACUCCCGUUGCGACUCAGCUUCCACUCUGCCAACUCGUCCCGCUUUGACCGAACUCUGCUCUUCGAGUAACCUCAUCAUCUCUCAGGCAAGGCUUUGUCGUCCCAGCCGCAGGGAGCCGAGGAACUAACUCUUGGCGUCACAAUGGAAGAAAUCGACAGAUUGAGCGAUCUCCCAGACGGUAUUCUUCAUCACAUUCUCUCCUCCCUGGACACCAAGUCUGUUGUCCAGACCAGCGUGCUGUCAAGCAGGUGGAAGUUGGUCUGGAAGCAAGUUCGUAUUCUCAAUUUCCGCAGAAGCUCGUUUGGGACUGACCUGGGAUUCAUGCAGCAUGUAGACCAAGUUCUGUCCUUCCGCUCGGACUGUGAUAUUCUCAAAAUUAGCACCGACUUUCGGAUUGGAAGAAAUUUGGAUAUGUUUGGUAGGAUCAUGGAAUAUGCUGCCUUUCAUGGUGUUCAGCAGUUAUCCUUACUUCGUAUCAUCGAAAAUGAGUGGUACAGUGUGUUCUCGGAUGCUAUUGCCAUGAUCUGUGGUUGUUAUCAUACUCUGAAAGUCUUGGAAUUGCAGCGGGCAUGCUUGAACAAGACUGCAUUCGAAAUGUUGUCCGGUCUGGAACUGCUUGAAACUCUGACUUUGCAAUCCUCCCACUUUGAGUUCAGCGGUGUGAAUGAACCACAGGAUCCCUUUGCUAAUUUCCCCAAAUUGAAAAACCUGCAACUACUACACUGCUCUUCGGUCAGCCUUUCUGCUGAUGAUGACUCGAAUCGUGUUUUAGUCGUAUCUGGGCCUCAACUGCUUUGUUUGGAGAUACAUAGGCCACAGUUUGACUCGAUCGAAAUAUGUGCUCCUAAGCUCAAAUCCUAG